UGCACAUUUCAAGGGCAGCCAACACCAGCGUGUUUCCAUCGAACCUUCUCAACUAUGAGCAUGCUGUGCAGAGUGAGCCAAAUCCGCAGGUGUGCAGCCAGCCUCAGCCAAGCUGUUAACCAGGUGGCUGCGUCGAGGCAGAAGCACACCCUCCCAGAUUUGACCUACGACUAUGGAGCCCUGGAGCCCCACAUCUGUGCCGAGAUCAUGCAGCUGCACCACAGCAAACAUCAUGCCACUUAUGUCAACAACCUCAACGUCACAGAGGAGAAAUAUCAGGAGGCACUUGCAAAAGGAGAUGUAACGGCUCAGGUCGCCCUUCAACCUGCUCUGAAGUUUAAUGGCGGUGGCCACAUCAAUCACACGAUCUUCUGGACUAACCUGUGUCCAAAUGGAGGGGGAGAGCCUCAAGGUGAGCUGAUGGAGGCCAUCAAGCGGGACUUUGGUUCUUUCCAGAAGAUGAAAGACAAGAUGUCUGCAGCCACAGUGGCAGUGCAGGGCUCAGGCUGGGGCUGGCUGGGUUACGAUAAGGAGAGUGGAAGACUUCGAAUUGCGGCUUGUGCAAACCAAGAUCCCCUGCAGGGGACAACAGGUCUCGUCCCUCUCCUCGGUAUUGAUGUGUGGGAGCACGCUUAUUACCUCCAAUACAAGAACGUGCGCCCCGACUACGUCAAAGCCAUCUGGAAUGUUAUCAAUUGGGAGAAUGUUAGCGAGCGACUUCAGACUGCCAAAAAGUAAAAAUAAUGCUCAGACACCCCCAAAAAACCUUUUUCUCCUUGACCUUGGUUAAAUAGUAAUUGCAAAUAAUUUACAGUUUAACCUCACUCGAGUAUCUGGUUGGUGACAUUAAUUGUAAUCGUACUUCUAACAGUUCCAAACUGGGAAGGUUGGUGCUGCCGUAGUCUCUGAAACAAUCUUUCUGGUGGACACACACAUUAAACCAAGUAUGGACAUUAUUUGCAAGUACUUUUUCAUCUCGGGUCAUUUCAGCGCACAACAGAUCACCUUCAGCCUCAAGGCUUGCUUCUGUCACCCACAUCCUAAAACAUGGGUGGCUAAAUUAGGUGUUAAAUAAUCAAUAUGCAUCUUUAGUGAGCUGUUUGUCAGGUUAUGUUGCACUAAAAUGGGACAUUGUAUUUGCAGUCCAUGUUUUUGAUGUAUUAUAAUAAAAUUUAUUGAAUUUCA